GAACAGUUUAACGCUCCAGUGUGCUUCUGUGUGUGUGUGUGUGCUACUUAAGUUAGUGUGAUUUCGCAUAAGUCAGGAUAUAAAUCCCUAGAAAUAGAAACAAACAUGAAGAAUUUAAUAUUCCUGACAUUAGCUUUAUACUUGGCUGUGGCAGUGGCUCGUCCCCAAGAAGUGAUACCGAUUCUUAGGCAGGAGCAAGAAGUAAAUUUCGAUGGUUCCUAUAAGUACGCCUACGAGACAGGCAAUGGCAUAGUUGCCGAAGAGCAGGGUUACCUUAAGAAUCCUGGUAGCAAUGCAGAGGCUCAGGUGGCCGAAGGUUUCUUCUCAUACACAGCUCCAGAUGGCACACCCAUUCGUAUAACCUAUGCCGCGGAUGAGAAUGGCUUUGUUCCACAGGGUGAUCACCUGCCCACACCACCACCAAUUCCAGAGGCUAUACAAAAGGCUUUGGCCUAUUUAGCCACUGCCCCACCUCCACCACAGGAACCCUCACCCGGUGGCCGUAAUACCUAUGGCAGAGGCUAAAUAUUGCUCCAUGCACCAUCCAAUGCUGUAAAUAUGUCCCUCCAAAAAGCCAUUCGUCGUAUGCUGUUAUAAUGUCAUGUACCAUAGAUUUUAUAGAAAUAUCAUUUCGAAUUAUUCGUAUUCCCUAUUAAGUCAUAUAACAAGACAAGACAAUUGUUGAAGUGUUUUUUCUUGAAUUAUUUUAGCCAUGUUAUACUUU